CCCCUUCGUCUUCAAAAUGGUCUUCACCAUCAUGUCGCGGGCUUCUUCUUCUUCUUCUUCAUCGUCAUUAUCAUCAUCGUCAUCCAUUUCGGACAUCUUCCAUACGAACACGUCGGGCAGUGACAUCGUUCACGGAAUCGUCGGGAGUUCAUUGCCAACCUGGGCCGUGUACGCGCUGGCCGCGGCGGGCGCCCUCGUAUUCUUGCUGGUGGUGUGUUGCGUGUGCGCGUGCCGCUCCAGACUCCGUCGGAAGAAACGACGGCAGAAGCCACCGGAGCCCGCGGCCAAUCUGCGGUCGUCCGGCGGCCGGUCCAAAGGCAAGCCGGUUCAACCCGGCGCGGGCGAUGUCGACUCCGCCGCCUCCGAGCUGCCGCGAGGCAAACUGCUGUACUCGCUGGAGUUCAACGCCGCUCCCUCUGAGCUGACGGUGGGCGUGAAGCAAGCGAGAGGCCUGAAGGCCAUGGAUGCGGGAGGAACGUCCGACCCCUACGUCAAGGUCUACCUCCUGCCCGAUAAGACCAAGAUCUGUGAGACCCAUGUCCUGAAGAACACGCUCAACGCCACCUUCAACGAGACCUUCACCUUCCAGAUCUCCAAAGCCAAUUUGAUGACGUCGACGGCUGUACUUCAAGUUUUCGACUUUGACCGCUUCUCCAAACACGAGAUCAUCGGAGAACUGCGCCUGAAACUCGGACAAGUGGACUGGAAUCACGUCAUCGAGGAGUGGAGGGACCUCAACGAGCCUGCCGGCAUGGAGGAGGAGAACCUCGGUGAGAUCUGCUUCUCUCUGCGUUACGUUCCCACACCCGGCAAGCUAACCGUGGUCAUCCUGGAAGCCAGAAACCUCAAGAGCACCGACCUGGAUGGAAGCUCAGAUCCCUACGUGAAGGUGCAGCUGGCUCUGGACAAGCGCAAGUGGAAGAAGAAGAAGACGUCCAUCAAGAAGAACACGCUCAACCCGUACUACAAUGAGGCCUUUUCCUUCAAAGUCACCAUGGAGCAAAUUCAGGUAGGGGGCGCCGGUUGCCCACGUGCCCCGUGCGCCGACAUCAACGCGUCGACGACGACGACGGCGGAUAUUUCUGCGUGUGGCCAGCGUGUCAACAUGGUGAUCUCGGUGUGGGACCACGACCCCAUGACGCCCAACGACUCAGCGGGCAAGAUCUUCCUGGGCUGCGACGCCGCCGGCAACCAGCUGAGGCACUGGGCCGACAUGCUAGCUAACCCGCGCCGGCCCGUGGCGCAGUGGCACGCGCUGCUGUCGGCGCAGCAGGUCAACGCCGCCCUGGUCCUCAAGAAGAAGAUACCGCUCGCCAACAACUUGCCCUUCGCCAAUAACUUGCCCUUCUGACCGCUCCCGUCUGCACUAUUAAUAUAUAAAGUAAU